AUGGAUUGCCGAUUUCUCAAACAAUUUAUGCUUGUAAUCUCAGUUGCAGCUCUUACCAUCACCCCUUCUUACAGCAUAACUCAUGAAAUUCUGUACAGCAUCUGCUCCCAAACACAGAAUGAAGAGACCUGCAUACAGGUUCUCGAGUCCGACCCGCGUACCAGAUCAUCAACCCUUCCUCAGCUUUCAUUGAUCUCCAUCAACUUGACCAGGAAACAAGCCCAAGAGAAUCACCUGGUGUUCACUUCUCUGAGGAACAACGCGACUUCGCCGUCUUUGAAGGUUGCUUACGAGAGAUGCAGGACACUCUAUAAGCAGAUGUUGUCUAACAUUAAUGUGGCCUAUCAGUUAGCCAAACAAGGGAAGUACAAGGACAUAGAUCAACUAGGAAAAGCUCAAGAUUUUGCGUACAAGUGCGAGAAUGGAGUGCCUCCGGAAUCAAAGACAGCAGGCUAUACCAUGAAGAUGCUCAUAACUUGUCAAUCUUCAGCAAGUGUUAAUGCCUUCAUUGCUUCUCAACCUCCAGCUAGAUCAUAA